AUGGGAAAAGAUUCUACUGAUGAAGCUCAUUUGGUUAAGGGAGCUCAACACGAUUCGAGUAAAGAACGUGGUCGGGACCACGAUUCAAGGACAUCUCGGUCGAAAGCGAAACUCGCAGAGGUGGAACGACCAAAGGAAGAAGAGAAAGAAAAAAAGAAAGGACGGAAGGAAAAAGACAAACAAGAGAAGGAAGACCGAGUAGACCAUGCUUCCAAGAGAAAGCACACGGAAGGGGAAAGAACCAAAAUGAAGAAAGCCGUUUCCACGUCGGAACAACGAGACGCACCGAAAGAAGGAAGGAGAUCACCAAAUGCUGGCGAUGAACACACUGCAAAGAUAAGCAAAAGCACCAUGAAAGACCGCCAAUUGGACGACGAUGCCACGAACAGCAGUUCCAAGGAGGUUGACGAAGAUCAACAUAGUCUCAUUCUACAAAGGGAAGAAGAAACCUUCCUCGCUGAAAGGAAGAUGAAGACAGGAAGCUUUAAGUCAAGUGAUAAAAACGAAAUGGGCAAGCGAGAAUUAAAUGAACAUAGCAACCACAGUGAUGAUGCCAGUAAUAUAAACAAAGGAAAAAGUGAAAUUGACAGCAGAAUCAAGAGAAAAAUGCAUUCGUUAAAGCAAAAUGAGGAGAAGAAGAAAAAAAAAACAGAUGCAGAUAAUGCUCCUUCCAUUGCUUCCGACUCGUCCGAUGAGGCAGACGUAGCUUCAAAGGAAAAAUCUAGUCAUAACAGCACCACUGCGUUGUUUGACAGGAAUAGCAGAGAUGAUGGAAGGGAGAAAAGGAGAUAUGGCUCCCAGGAGAACCACGCCAUUUUUGCAGAUGAGGCCCUAAAAGGAUACCCACGCAUUUUCGUAACUAGACUUCCCUUCGAAGCUGGCAAAAAGGACCUAGAAAAGUACUUCUCCAAAUAUGGGACAAUAGUAGACAUUUAUGUAUCCAAGAAUUUGUCGAAUAACAAAAACAAGGGGUUUGGAUUUGUGUCGUUCGAAAAGCAGAGCUCCAUGGAUAAGGUCCUGACGGACAAGCUGCACAUCAUCUGCGGCAAGGAAAUCGUCGUGGACGUCGCUUCCCUGAGGGACAACAGAAGCAGACACCUUUUCCACCUGCCGUCGGACCACUACCUAGCCAAAUACCCGAAGAACGACAGGAACUCCCCCACCAGGGCGCACAACAAUCUAGUCGAUUUCAACAACUACCAAUAUAUGUAUAAUAGAACAGCGAACAUAGGAGACAUGUCCAAAAAUAUUGACAACAAUUUAGUCAUGCAAAACUUUUACAAUCUAUGCCCAACGUACAACAUACUAGGCAAUCGAAUGAACAACAAUAAACACAUUUACAAGAACAAUAUGUCUAUGUCCUUCUUACCCCCCACGGGUUACAAUAUGGACCCCGCAUAUUUCAACAAUCAGCAAAUGCCCUACCAGAACUGUCUGGACUAUAUGGGCAAUGAGUACUACUGGAAUAUGGCCAAUUAUUACAACUGGAACAAUAUGAUGUUACAUAAUGAGAAUAUGUACAACGCAAACGCGAAGCAGAUGGAAUACCCCUACUACCUUUGUAACGGCCAGUACAUGAAUCAGAACGCCCUCCCCCCAAUUGCCAAAGGCAAAUCGCCACGAAAAAGUAGCGCAAGCGAGGAGAGCAUCUCGAAGUACCCCCAGAGUGUCGUCCCAAGCGGGAGCUACCGUCCCUCCGGUCACCCAUUUGUGCGAAAGUUACCAGGCGGAGACGAGUGGAACAAACGAGGAUACAAGCUGUUCGUCACCAAGUUGAAUAGCGUCACCACGACCGAAUCGCUGAGGAAUUACUUCGAAACCUUCGGCGAGAUCAUCGACAUUUACAUGCCCAACGACGUGUGCACAAACAGACCCCGCGGUAUCGCCUUUGUUACCUUCCUGGACAACGAAUGCGUGAAGAAAAUUCUGUCGAACAAGAACUCAAAGCAUAUAAUUGAUGGGAAGGAGGUGGUUGUUGAUCUUGCAGACCCAGAAACGAAGACGAAGAAGAAUUUGUAUUACCCCUGA